AUUAUAAAAAAUAUUUUUUAAAGAUUUGUACACAGUGAAGAAUGCAUAAAAGUGCUCGAGAAGGAUAAUAAAACAGCGAACUGCAUGUGUUUGCCGGUGUCUCGAUUCUGCUGGACGGGAUUUAUGGAUUUACUGGUUAAUUUUUGCGGCUGAACAUUCUGAGUUUGCGGUAUAAUGAAACGUCAUAAAUUUCGGGAAAUUGGAGAGUAACAAUUUAACAGCGCUUUGCAACAUGUAACACUUUGUCUUGGACUUACAGAUGCAGCAGAUGAGAUCAUUAACUGGAGAUUGUUUGUUUUCCUCAAAGCAUACUUUUGUUAAAGUGCCAUGAAAGCAUUAUUCACUAAACCACAUACACAGCUGAUAUAAGAUUCACAUACCAAUGAGGCUUCUCACAGCCCUGUUGUUUAUAUGUUAAAUUUGUGAAUUUUUGUGUAUCAGGCUUGGUAAAGUUACAAGAAUGUCCCUGCGAGCCAAAGCCCUCUACACUUUCCAAAGCGAAAACAAGGAAGAGAUCAGCAUACAGGAGAACGAAGAGCUGGUGAUCUUCGACGAGAACUCUGUGGACGGCUGGUUACAAGGAGAAAACAGCAAAGGGGAGCGUGGACUGUUCCCUGCCUCCUAUGUGGACAUCAUCCGGAGUCGCUCCGGAUCCAACCUAACCGACCAUUCCUUAAGCUCGCCCGGAAGUUCGCCCGGUAAAGAUCUGUCGUACAUCCACUCGCAGUCUACGACCCUGCCGAGCGAUGAUGACGACGAUUGGGACGACUGGGAUGACAGUUCAACGGUGGUUGACGAUGAAGAUCCUCGGAGAGGAGUGGGCGCCAAUGGGCAUUCCCACCAAAUGGGGUAUUCCAACCCGAACGUCCACUACAGGACGAAGCCGCACAUGGAACGUCAGGACAGCAUGUCCGGUAAUAGAAAGGGCAGCAUGGUGGGGAGAAACCUGAAUCGAUUCUCCAGUUUUGUGCGGUCGGGUGUGGAGGCCUUCAUACUCGGUGAUGUCCCAAUGAUGGCUAAGAUUGCAGAGUCUUACACUAUAGAGAUGGGUCCCCGGGGGCCGCAAUGGAAGGACAGCCCUCAGCCUUUUUCUUGUUCCAUUGAAGACCCCACCAAACAGACGAAGUUUAAAGGCAUUAAGACUUACAUCUCAUACCGCGUGACCCCCAGUCAUACUACCAGGCCGGUAUAUCGGCGAUACAAGCACUUUGACUGGCUCUACAACAGACUACUGCACAAGUUCACGGUGAUCUCCGUGCCCCAUCUCCCGGAGAAACAGGCCACGGGUCGGUUCGAGGAAGAUUUCAUUGAGAAAAGAAAGAGGAGGCUUAUCCUAUGGAUGGACCACAUGACCAGCCACCCCGUCCUGUCUCAGUACGAAGGUUUCGAGCACUUCCUCAUGUGUGCGGACGACAAACAGUGGAAGCUCGGGAAGAGGAGAGCGGAGAAGGACGAGAUGGUCGGCGCUCAUUUCAUGCUCACCUUUCAGAUUCCCAACGAGCAUCAGGACCUUCAGGACGUCGAGGAACGCAUCGACUCCUUUAAGUCGUUCGCCAAAAAGAUGGACGACAGCGUGCUGCAGCUUACGAACGUCGCUUCGGAGCUGGUACGAAAACAUCUGGGAGGUUUCCGGAAGGAGUUCCAGAGGCUCGGGAAUGCCUUUCAGUCCAUCAGCCAGUCGUUUCAGCUGGACCCGCCGUACAGCUCGGACGCCCUGGGCAAUGCCAUCACUCACACCGGACGCACCUACGAGAACAUCGGGGAGAUGUUCGCAGAGCAGCCCAAAUAUGACCUGUUUCAAAUGCUGGAUAAACUAUCGCUGUAUCAGGGCCUGCUGUCCAACUUUCCCGACAUCAUUCACCUGCAAAAAGGUGCCUUUGCAAAGGUGAAGGAGUCUCAGCGUAUGAGCGAUGAGGGGAAGAUGGAUCAAGAGGAAGCUGACGGUAUCCGUAAACGCUGCAGGACUGUAGGUUUUGCCUUGCAGGCCGAGAUGAAUCACUUUCAUCAACGAAGGGAGGUGGAUUUUAAAGAGAUGAUGCAAGCGUAUCUCCGCCAACAGAUCGCCUUUUACCAGCGCGUGGGUCAGCAGUUAGAGAGGACCCUACGCAUGUAUGACAACCUCUAGAUCCUUUGGAUUGUAACAGAGACACGACACUCCUGUGAAUGGAUACGUACGAGACUUUAUUUUUUACUCGCAGCGCUGUUGGAAUUUUUACAUUUUGCGAAAAAACUGGACCUUCCUGCUUCUGCACUUAAAAAUGUCACUUUUAACCACCAGAAACCAACAAUAUAGUUGCCUUUGAUACGCCAUACGUGUUCAUAAUGUAUCUUUGCGUUAACUAUGACAUUUAUUUAAAUUUCUCUGAGAAUAUUGUUACAAUGUUACACGUUCGUAUUGAGUCAGGCGUGCGAGUGACGUUACCUGUGUGUGUUAGCAGGUACAGACGCUAAUCAGGUUUGCCAUCAUGUCAUAUUGAAUGAAAAACAUCUGAAAUAUUAAAUGCUUGCUGUAACUAUAAGCGAGUUUAUAGACUACGCUAGUUUGUUGUAAAACUAGAGUAUGAUGAGGUGUGUUUACUCAAAUAUUUGACAAAAUACAAUAUCUCUUUCAAAACCAAAGGACGACGAAAUUAUAUAUUAACCCUGAAGUUAUACAGCAUAGUAACACUGUCGCAAAAAUGAAAAUUUCGUUAACGGAGGAAGUUGUUUAAAGAAAUUGUGAAAUGCCGGUCAGCAAUAAAUUAUUGGCAGUGGUUUUGUCACUUUGCACAUGAUUUUACAUUCGGUAACGACGAUAAAAUUACUUGACACUGCAAAGAGUGCUUGUGUUUGGCUACAGUAGACACGUUUCCAUUACCUUUCAAAAUGCGCAAAUUGAAAUGGCGAGUUAAAAAUGCCCCCGAUUGAAACACGUCAAUUUCGCAAAAACUUCCAUAUAUCGCAAAAAAGUUUUUAGGUUUUAGGUGUUUGUUUUAGGCAAAAUUCACAAAAGGAAUAUAUCGCAAAACUGCAUCGUAAUUUUUUUCGCGUUUACAGGUCACCUGACGUGCGUUAAAGUUAUGAAGAGUUAUGUUCGACAAGUGCACGACAUCAAAAUACCGUGAGAGCAUGAGUCGCUCUAGCUGUAUUUUUAAUGUCAUCUGCAUGUUGGUUUUUUGCAUGGUGCUGUAUGAAGUUGCCCACACCUUUCGCCAUGGUUUUUGGCAAGAGAACAAAAUUAUAUUUUAGUUGCAUAAUUUCGCAAUAGUUUUUUUUUUUAAUUCGACAUUUUAGAAAACGCUAAAGUUUUGCGCAAAUCUUUAAUGGAAACCAGGCUACUGAGGUGUAAAUACUCCCUGUCUGCUGAAUUUGUUUAACUUUCCAAGUAGAUGAGCAUGAAACACGUAGCAGGUUUGUGUGGUUUCUGUUCAAUUCCAGAAUGUUGAGCCGGCUCAGAUGCUGUAUGAUUAUCGAGUUGAAAGUGAGAUUCUGCUACAUAGAUUGUCUUUACAAAGCGCACAUGGAAGACAUAUGAAAUGAAUUCAGAUGAGAGAUUCAGACUUAUUCAGGUUCAGAGUGGUCCCAGAUCCAGCAUGUAUCAUUUUUGCAUUGUUUUUCAUGUUUGGCAUUAUUGUUUUACAUUGUAAUUUACACCCUGCUUCCUGUCAAGUGUUACUAAAGCUGCUGUAAGUGAUUGUAACCAUUUUGCUAACUCCUGCUAGACUUCCUUUGUAAAAAUUAACCAUGGUUUCACAACAAAUAAAAAACAUAUAGCUAUACCAUGUUUAUCACAAAUUAACCAUGGUUUUGCUGCAGUAACCAUGAAUGUUAAUCAAUCUGACAUAAACUACAUGGUUACUACACUCUUACUAUAAUAAAACGACACUCUUAACAAAAUUAAAAGUUGUUUUAAACCAAGGUUGGGUAAAUAUUGAACAGAACCAACUAAUGGGUUAUAAAUAAACCUGUGCUGGGUUAUUCAGCCUAAAUGCUGGGUAGUUUAAACCCACUGUUGGUCGAUUGGUUUAUUUAUACCCCAAUAUUUUUAACAGUGCAUGGUUAAUUUUUGCAUUUGAUCAUCUCAUCUGUUUAAUACUCUCUAAAAGACAUUUAAGCAGCCCGAAUUUCAGCAAAAAUGACUGACAGGCGAAAGGCAUUUCUGAGCGCUAAUUUAAUUUGGCUAAAAUGAGGAUAGGCCUCCCCUGACUCUUGUUUUGAUUUCUCAGGGCCCUUAUGUCAGUACGUCGAGUAUGAAUCGCACAGAGAUCCCUUUACAUCAUGUUUUUUGUGAAUUCUGAAAAUAUCGUACAAAGACAUUCACAAUUUUAAAGACUUUGCUGUUAGCAUUAGCAUUUUAGAAUUAGCAAAGUUGUAUGUUCAGGGUUUUUUAAGGCAAAUGGGAUCUCAUUCUACUUUCUGAGACCUCAGGAAACCUCAAGAGGACGUAAACAUAACCCAGUUUUUUAAUGUUGAUGGUUUGUGUCUUCAUUUCCUUUAGAAUCUUUAAUUUUAUUCAUUCGCUUUAAGGGGUUCAUGGGUUUAUGUAAAUUGCGACUUUUCGUGUACCUGUAAAACUUGUCUCGAGUUUCAGAUUGUGAACUUGAAUAUUUUUGCACACUUUUCUCGAGUACCAACAUGCAAACCUUUAGUAGUCUCCUCUACUUGUAAUAACUGCUCUUAUUGUGAACAUUCCUCUGUGCACAUUUUUUUUCUAAAUAUUAAAAAUGUUUUGUCUUUGUAAGUCUUUCAAAACCAGUCAAAAUGUAAUAACAUGCUACGCCUCUGAUAUUACUUUAUUUUGGCUGACACCACCGAGCCCUCCAACCCAAACACUUCCAAAUACUGUAGAUAUAUUCCAAUAGAUUUUCCCCAUUCAUGUUUUGCUUGAAAUAUUGUAUUUGCACAUCAAUUUUUGUACAGUAAAAUUGGUUGCAAAUGGUGUUUCAUGUUGGCUUCGACACAAACCCCCUGAAGAGUAUUUUUAAAUACAUGAGAACCGACUGUUCUCGUGGUUUCCAGAAAUGGUUUUUUUUUUUUUGGGGGGGUACACAGAUGUUUAUUUGCUCAAAGGAGUUGUUCAUAGUUUUCAUAUAUACUGUAAGUUAAAGAAACAUCAACACAUCCUUUAUGGCUUUCUUUUCUGGUAAAGAGGGGGGAAAAUCGGCAUAAACACGGACCUCUGCUUUCAAUUCUCUGGAAAACACAAACAGACGCUGUUGUGGUUGCGUGUGUCCACUUGGCGACUUCACACGCAUUCCAAGAUACAGCUGAGCUCAGACUCGCAUACCAAAACGGGACGUUUUCCAUGAGUGGACUUAUCCAAAUACUCUUUUCCUAAUACUCUUCCUGCGUUUUGGGACGCAAGAGUGCUUUAUCAGGGUAUAAAUAUCUGAAGAUGGAUUACACGGAUUGUGAGAGAAAUAUUUCUUGUUUAAGUGAGCAAAAUGGAGAUGAAAUGUCAACCAGGAACUGCAAAUGAACUUUCGCUUUGUGAGGUUUGUGAGAAGAAAAUGAUUUGUAGCUUUAAUAAAUGGGUUCUGGAGUGAUCUCACACGGAUUUUGGACUGUUUGAGGACUUGUGAGGACAGAACCAGCACAUUGCUCUGUGUUUACUCACUGUACAUUAGAAUUUAUAUAAUGUGUAGAUUUUUUCACUUUUCUGGUCAGGGGAUCUGAAUAAAGAGAUCUCGAAAUUGC